CUUCCGAGCAGAAUCAGGCAGAGGAUACUAGUGAAUCACGGAAAAAUAGUAGUGCUGAAAACCAAGGAGGUGCUGCAGCUGCUACAUCAGACAAAACCGUGGAAGAUACAACAUCAGGGGAUGCAGGAGAGGCAGCGGAUGAAGACGGCGACCCCAAGAAGAACAGAAGAGACUUCUUGAUGGCGCGUCUAACGAUGCUCAAGGCGAAGAACAAGCCGAGUGAUGUACGUCACGUUCACUUUUACAACAAUUAUAUAUAAUAUGACAAUCGUAAAAAUUUUGCAUGCAGAACUACUCCUAGAAGUUUUUCUUUUCGUACCUAGUAUACUACAAUAAACAUGUUGAUGUUCGAAAACAAAUCAAUAAAUCCAACGGCAUGGCCCGCUAUUCCAAUUUUAGGGUAAAAGCGUGGAGCUUGUAGCAAGCAGCGGCCCUUCUACCUCGAGUACGAAGCCGAAAGCAUAUGCGCCAUGGAUCGUGAGCGGAAAGCUUCCCAAUGGAACUCUUUUUGAGGAGCAGUUCUACGAAGGCAUGGUAUUGAUAUUUCUGAUCCUUGUACAACUACAACUACUUCUUCAUUCUAGAGCCAGCAUGAUACUGGAGCGGCUGACGCUAAUAUGAACUUUUGCUUAUAACCUCAGUUUUUUUCAUCAGAGUCAGGUUAUGGAACUGUGCUGUCGCCGCCCCAGCGCACCCACUUUAAGCUGAAUGUCUUUCAGAAGAUGAUUGAAGAUUUUCAUAUCACCAUACAUAACCUCCCACCGACCUCACAGGAAAUUCCGCUUCCGUAUUGUUUCGUUUCGUUGGGCCGUUUCCGGUUCCAAUUGCAGGAGCGACUGCUGAACAUUUUAAAUGGAAACACCGCUGGGCCAUUAGACGGUGGAUCGCAUCCGCCCAUGAAGGGCAACAACAAUCACAUGGGGAAUCAGCUGUAUAGCAAUACCAAUCGUGGUUCUGGACAUCAGAAUUCAGGACCGCAUCACCAGAGCCGCGCGGUUUUACUGACUGGUCCCAACGGGGACGGGGGACUACAAACCGGGCCAACCGGACGCUCCGACGAAACAACGCCUCAGCAUUCUUCAUCAAUGUCUGGCGCUAGUCUUGUCAUAUCUUCUUCUACAACACCUGGCGGACAACAUCGGCAGCAGCACUCCACCCGAUUGGUGGAGUCGGGAGCUCCAGACGCAGCUACUAGCCAGCUUGUGCAGCAGGUGCUGAGCGCUCUUCCACGAACAGGAGGACAACCACAGCAGGUCAUCGUCCAUCAUCAGAGGCCCGCUACAGGAGGAACGAUCACAGGAACUCCAGGCGCACCACUCGUAUUGGUGCACGACUCACGGGCAUCACCCUCUGUCCAGGUGCAGUAUGCGACGCCUGUCCAGCAACCACAGUAUUAUACACUUGAGCUGGUUUGUACUCUAUUUUUGUAAGUAAAUUUAAUCACAUUUGUAUGUAAUCACAUUUGUUUGUUCCUAAAAAGCUGCCCCCGCCCCGUAUGGGGAAGGGGAUGUUGUACAAAUAGAUUGAAGCACUUCACGUUUACAUCUUUAGCAAUCAGAUUGAUAUAUAAUUGUCCAAACUCUUCAGGGUCGUUCACCUAGUGAGUGCUGAAGACACGCGAUGGGCACGAUCUGUGUCGACAGGCCCACUGACGCCGGCGUCUAUGACAAUGAACGCGACCACCUCAACCAAUAUUCGGCUAGUGCCAGCUUCACAGGUUCGCGGAAGAAGCGUCUCCUCCAUGUCGGGAGCAACUGGCGGAGGCCUGACGACCUCUAACGCGAAGUCGAACAAAAAGAGGGACUAUUCUCAGCAAAAAGGCAGCUCCUCCGCCUCGUCUUCCUCAUCGGCUCACGACGACCGAUAUGGGGCUGACGUCGCGACACCACGCGGAACGCCGAAAAGAAAGCGCCGGAAAAAUGCAGAUCCGCGUGUUUACGGAGUCGGGGAUGCUUCGUCAGCGCCAACAGGGAGCAUAUUCGUGAACGGAAGCGUAGUCGGAACGUCAAGCGCCGCAGCGUCACAAUUUGUCCGCGGAGUAGGCGGUCAGAGUUACAUAGCACAAAGUGUUCUGCCACAACACCAGACAAUUUUACACCAAGGAGGGCCAACAUCCUUGGCCACCGCCUUGUCGGCGGCGUCUUUCGGCACGCAGAACGCGCGCGAUCUAGUCCAACAGGCUUCGGCAGCUGGAACUGCAGCCUCCUCCCCCAUUAUACCAGCGCGCCAAGCCACUGCCGGAACUGUGUGGAUGUCCGAUGCAGACCUUCAGUUUCAGUGAUGUUUGGAUGGAACCACCUCUAAGAGCAGACGACCUUCUACUCUUGUCUGUUGACCCUCUCAUGCUCACAGCCCGCUCCUCUAUAAUGAUGUAUAGCAAACAUCCACACGCACACUAACCCCGCUAAUCAUGGUUUUGUCCACCAAAUUGUGAAAUACGCAGUUCUCUAGCAUAAAGAGCUGACACAUUAUUCCCAAAUCCAGUCGUCGCAAGUUGUCAUGUGUCGAAAUCGUCCGCCAGACGAUUGUACUAUAGCAAAAUGACCUCGUCGACAAGUACUACCUGCGGUGGGGCUGCGUUAGUUGCCCUUGCUGACCGCGCAUACGCUCACC